GCUCAGACAAAUGUUGGCGGCAAUUCGUCGUUUCGCGGACGACCUUCGGCGCGCUUUCAAGGCCCUAUCCCGGGCAGUGGAGGAGAUUGUCUCAAUGGUCAGUAGCCUGUUCUCCUGGCUGGCCAGUAUGGUGGACGUCUGCAACAAGAACAUGGGGGAGCCCUAUCGGAAGUGUAAAAAGGCGUUUGAGGACGGGUACAACGACUGCUCCGACGCGCUCGGCAUCUUCGACUUUCUCUGUAACAUCGUGAGCGCUGUCAGCCAAGUCUGUCACCUGGCCAGGAUAGGGGAGCUGCUCUGCGUCAUCGCCGGUGUGGUCAAAGAUCUGGUCCUAGAGAAGAUCGGUCCACCGCUGGCCAGUCGGAUUGGUGACCUGCAGGAAAUGUUUUAUUUUAAAGUCAGUAUCGACUAUCACUACCACUACAACAUGAACCAGUCCAAACCGUACAGGUAA